AUGGGUAGCAGGCGCCCCAGUAUUCAAGCCAACACAUCGUCCGACAGCGAGAGCAGCCACUGUCCCCCUUACCAGGAGCAACAAUCCUCCUACCCGGAACACUCCUUCUACCCGGAAGGACAGGACGAGCAAGAGAUAUCGCUCCUAGAAAGGAACACCUCCAGUCAUUACAGCUCGCCGUUCGCCGAUUCCGUUGCUGAAUCGGAUUCACAGAAGCGUUAUACGCUUCAUGAUCCCGGUCCGUCGAUCUUUGGCGCCCCGGAAUAUGAGCCGGUUCAGUCGAGUGUAAAGAAGACCCGCUCAGGGCUGGAGCGGUAUGGAACGAGGAAGAUCAACCUGGUGAAGGGAGCUGUGCUGAGUGUCGACUAUCCGGUUCCGAGUGCGAUUCAGAACGCGAUUCAGCCGGAGUAUCGUGAUGCAGAGGAGGGUUUCUCGGAGGAAUUCACCCACUUGCGAUAUACGGCGGCGACGUGUGACCCCGACGAGUUUACCCUGCGCAACGGAUACAAUCUUCGGCCUGCUAUGUAUAAUCGGCAUACCGAGUUACUGAUUGCUGUUACUUAUUAUAACGAGGAUAAGGUUCUGACUGCACGUACUCUACAUGGAGUAAUGCAGAAUAUUCGGGAUAUCGUUAAGUUAAAAAAGUCUGAGUUUUGGAAUAAGGGAGGCCCAGCGUGGCAGAAGAUUGUUGUCAGUUUGAUCUUCGAUGGCAUUGAGCCUUGCGAUAAGAAUACCCUGGAUGUGCUGGCCACAAUCGGGGUCUACCAGGACGGUAUCAUGAAGAAAGAUGUAGAUGGCCGAGAGACCGUCGCACAUGUGUUCGAAUACACGACCCAAUUGUCAGUCACUGCUACUCAGCAAUUAGUUCGACCUCACGAUAACGAAUCAUCAAGCAACCUCCCGCCGGUUCAGUUUAUAUUCUGUCUAAAACAGAAGAACAGCAAAAAGAUCAACUCGCAUCGCUGGCUUCUCAACGCCUUCAGCCGGAUACUAAAUCCUGAGGUUAUUGUCCUUCUAGACGCAGGCACAAAACCUGGCCCGAAAUCUCUCCUUUCGCUGUGGGAGGCCUUCUAUAAUGACAAAACACUCGGUGGAGCGUGUGGUGAGAUCCAUGCAAUGCUUGGCCCACGCUGGGGCAAGGUUAUAAACCCCCUUGUUGCUGCCCAGAAUUUCGAAUAUAAAAUCUCCAAUAUCCUGGACAAGCCAUUAGAAAGUGCUUUUGGCUAUGUCAGUGUUCUGCCUGGUGCUUUCUCUGCCUACCGAUAUCGGGCUAUUAUGGGCCGGCCAUUAGAGCAGUAUUUUCAUGGUGAUCAUACAUUAUCGAAACGCCUUGGUAAGAAGGGAAUUGAAGGUAUGAAUAUCUUCAAAAAAAAUAUGUUUUUAGCCGAGGACCGCAUCUUGUGCUUUGAAUUAGUAGCCAAGGCCGGGUUUAAAUGGCAUUUAAGCUAUGUGAAGGCAGCGAAGGGCGAGACCGAUGUCCCUGAGGGAGCUGCUGAGUUUGUCAGUCAGCGACGACGCUGGCUAAAUGGAUCGUUUGCGGCAAGCCUAUACGCGAUUAUGCAUUUUGGGCGUAUUUAUCGCAGUGGUCAUAGUCUCAUUCGAUUAUUUUUCUUGCAUAUUCAGAUCCUUUACAAUAUCUGCCAGCUUAUCAUGACCUGGUUUUCUCUCGACAGCCUCUAUGUUCUCAUCCUCUCCUUCUACCUGGUCGUUAAUGUCUUUACCGGCGGUAUGCUGGACUUCACUUUCAAUGAGGGUGUUUCUGCCUUCAUAAAGUCCUUCUUCAGCUCCUCUGGUGGUGGUAUCGUGCUUAUUGCACUAGUAUCCACAUACGGGAUUUAUAUUAUUGCGAGUAUUCUCUACCUUGAUCCUUGGCAUAUCCUCACCAGUUCAUGGGCGUAUUUCCUUGGCAUGACGACAAGCAUUAAUGUGCUCAUGGUCUACGCUUUUUGCAAUUGGCACGAUGUCUCCUGGGGCACAAAAGGAUCUGACAAAGUAGAUGCCUUACCGUCUGCAACGACUCAGAAGGACAACGAGAAGACGAAUUUUAUUGAAGAGCUUGAUAAACCGCAGGCUGAUAUUGACAGCCAGUUCGAGGCUACCGUGAAACGCGCCUUAGCGCCACAUGUUGAGCCCGAAGAGGAUGGAGGGAAAACCUUGGACGACUCAUAUAAGAAUUUCCGAACUGGAUUGGUGUGUCUUUGGGUCUUUAGCAACUUGCUCCUGGCGUUGAUGAUUACCGCCACGGGUGUGGAUAAGAUAUGUUUGACGAAUACAUCGACGACCAGGACGACCUGGUUCUUCGAGGUUAUCUUGUGGAUUACGGCGGGCUUGUCACUAUUUCGGUUUAUUGGGUCAUUGUACUUCCUCGGGCGAGCAGGAGUUCUCUGCUGCACCCUAACACCAUCCCUCCGAUGGAAACUUGCUCAGAAAAACAACAUCCCUCUACGAUACCCCACCUACGAAUCGCUUCUCGACUCAUACAAGAUAACAUAUAAUCACCGUCGCGAACUCAACGGUGACAAUGGUGCUCCCACGUUCCUAGAAACCUAUUACGAGGGCUGCCAAGUCCUCUGCACAGAAGAUGAUUUCUACGAACUAGCCAUGACAUAUUUCAAAAAGGCAAAAGACAUGAACGUGCGCUAUGUCGAGCCGUUCUUCGAUACCCAGGCUCAUACUAAACGAGGCAUUCCCGUUGAGGCGGUCUUAAAUGGGUUUCUCCGCGCCCAACACGAUGGAGCAAAGGAACUCGAAGUGAAAAGUAAUUGGGUUUUUUGCUUCUUGCGUGACCAUCCGGUCGAAGAAGGACUGGAGGCAUUGCGCUCUGCGUUGCCUUGGGCUCGAACGAAAGAUGGAAAGGGGAAGGGGUUAUUUCAUGCGGUCGGACUGGCGAGUAAUGAGUAUGAUCGACCUCCGGGACUUUUUGAAGAGGGGUUUCUGUUGGCCAAGGAGGUCGGGUUACAUGUGACCAUGCACUGUGAUGUUGACCAGAAGGAUGUGGUAGAGCAUAUGCGCGAGGGUGUUUUUGAUGUCUGUGCGGGUGCUGGGGCGGAUCGCAUUGAUCAUGGCCUUAACGCUGUCGAUUCUCCAGAGUUGAUGGCUGCGUUGAAAGAGAAGAAUAUCGGUCUCACUCUCUGUCCGCAUGCGUAUCAUCGCAGACAGGCUACGGAGGUGCUUUUCCCUAAGAUUAGGAAGUUGUGGGAUGAGGGUGUCCAGUUUUGUAUCAAUAGCGAUGAUCCGACUUAUAUGCAUGAUGUUUGGAUUGAUGGGAAUAUGAUGAAGGUAUACAAGUAUUGUGGUUUUACAGAGUCAGAGAUGGGCAAGCUCGUUCGGAAUGCAGUUGAGAUGAGUUGGGCAGAUGAGGAGACGGAGAGGGAGAUUUUGGUGGAUUUGGAAAGAGUCCUCGGUGGCGAGAAAUUGCCUAGUAGCUAG